AUGGUAGCCAUGCUGAAUCACGAUUCUGGACAACCAGGAAGUCCAAGCCACAAUGAUCCUGCCAAGAAUCCACCAGUGUACCUUGAGGACAGUUUUGUGAAAUCCGGAGUGUUCAACGUGUCAGAACUUGUGAGAGUGUCCAGAACACCCAUAACCCAGGGAACUGGAGUGAACUUCCCAAUUGGAGAGCUUCCGAGCCAGCCAUAUUACCAUGAUAUGAACUCGGGUGUAAAUCUACAGAGGUCUUUGUCCUCUCCACCAAGCAGCAAAAGACCCAAAACCAUCUCCAUAGAUGAAAAUAUGGAGCCAAGCCCGACAGGAGACUUUUAUCCUUCUCCAAAUUCACCAGCUGCGGGGAGUCGGACAUGGCAUGAAAGAGAUCAAGAUAUGUCUUCUCCUACAAUGAAGAAACCUGAAAAGCCUUUGUUUAGUCCUACUUCUCCCCAGGAUUCUUCACCAAGAUUGAGCACUUUUCCCCAGCAUCACCACCCAGGAAUCCCAGGAGUUGCACACAGUGUCAUCUCAACUAGAACUCCACCUCCACCGUCACCAUUGCCAUUUCCAGCACAAGCUAUUCUCCCUCCUGCCCCGUCUAGCUACUUCUCUCAUCCAACGAUCAGAUAUCCUCCCCACCUGAAUCCUCAGGAUACUCUGAAGAAUUACGUACCUUCCUACGACCCGUCCAGCCCUCAGACUAGCCAGCCUAACAGCAGUGGUCAAGUAGUAGGGAAAGUGCCUGGCCAUUUUACUCCAGUUUUGGCACCCUCUCCCCAUCACAGUGCGGUGCGACCUGUGACCCUGACCAUGACAGAUACUAAACCCAUCACUACAUCCACUGAAGCCUACACAGCCUCAGGCACAUCCCAAGCCAAUCGAUAUGUGGGACUAAGUCCAAGAGACCCAUCCUUCCUACACCAGCAACAGGUGGGCAAGUUUCACAUAGGUCUAAUGAUAUAG